CCAGACAAUAAAAGCAAGAGAGAGCUGACAGACGGCAGCUCAGGCUCAACCUCAGCAUCCUUUAAGGUGGUGGGCAACCGAGAAAUGACUGCGAAUUAAUUGUCAACAGCCCAGUAACCCGCCCGGGAGAAAUAUGGAUGUAUGGCCGCCGAAUUUGGAAUAGAGAUGUAGUUUCAAGGAUGUCACCCAUUUACAUCUCUCGUUUGUUCCUCUUUAUUUUUAUCUCCGCGGUCUGGGAGACGCGAGCCAAAUCUCUUCCAGAUCAAGGAGCACUUGAGGUCCAGAUCAGAGUUCAGGUGUUCGACAACAGUGACCUCUCACCUUUGGCCGGCGCCGCCAUAGAGGUUCAUGGGAACCGGUCUGUGUUAGCGUCCAGCCAGGCAGGCAGUGAUGGCGUGCUUAGGGUGACCUUCCUGUACCACCCGGGGACCUGGGUCAUCAUUUCAGCGUCCAAACACGACUAUGUCACCAACUCCGUCCCCUGGCACGCUAGCCGCAUCCCUCUGUAUGCAUCGGUCAGCUUGUACCUCCUAGUCCAGAGGCCAGGCACCCUCAUUCUCUAUGAUGAUGUCAUCCAGGUGCUGCAUGGAUCCCCAGGUGCACGGAACCAGCCAUUGGUCCAGCUCCAGAGAAAGUCCCUUCAGCUGCCAGCUGAUUCCAACUACACAGCACUAUCGGCUGUGCUGACUACUGCCAGAAGCCAGUAUGAGAUCGGGGGCUUCCCGUACCUCCUGGGCCUGGAAACCAACAGCACAGGGGCAGAGACAGGAUGGACAGACUUAACAGCACUGGCGGUGGUCAGCGUUCAGCUCUUUGACCACGAUGGGACCGCCAUCCAGGUGUCUGACCCGGUUCACGUCUCCGUACCGCUGCCCUCGGAUACUCGCACCAGGAUCGCCACCAGCAUUCCCGCCUGGCUGUACCAGCCCAAGACGGGUCUGUGGGUCAGGAAUGGAACUGGCUACAUUAAAAAAGAGGGCACACAACUAAUCUGGAACGUGGUCGUUCCCCAGUUGGGGUAUUGGGUCGCAGCCUUCCCUUCAUCUGCAGGCGUGGGUCUGGGCGGUCACUCGGGCCUGAGAGACAUCACCACCUACCACACCCUGUUCCUGCUCUCCAUCCUGGGUUCGCUGGCCCUGCUGGUGCUCAUCCUGCUCUGUGUGCUGCUCUACUACUGCAGACGGAAAUGUCUAAAACCACGGCGACAACAGGGAAAGCCACACACUGCUCUGAACAGCUCCAAGCGCGACCAGGGCACCUCCACUUCCCGCCUCAACCUCAUCUGUGGCGGCCACGUUGAAUCCGGUCCAUCCAAUGAUGCCAACAAAUCUGACCCAUCCCCCUCACGAGACUACCAGAGCUCGCGGGAGGAGUUCGCCAAGCACGUCCCCGCCCACAAGCUGCGGCAUUCGAAGGCGAAAGGAGCCUCGGGACCCCAGAGGGGCGAGAGCUUCCCUAUGAAGGUGACCCGCGCCACAGACACCAACAAUCUCGACAACCCCCUGCUACUGCAAGAAGACUACUCACGGAACUACAGCCCCAUCAUGGAGGACGACAAGGACUCGGACUACCACAUACGCUGCCACACCGCCAACGACAAUCGUGGCUACACCUCAGAUGGGGGCUCCCCACCUCGUUUCCUGUCGGACAAGUCAGACAAGCCUCCCGAGUACUCUGCGGCCGCCGCCGACCACCUGGCCCGCCCGACAUCGCUCAACACGCAACCGGGCCAGAUCAUCUUCUGCCACUCCAUGGACCAGAUGAAGGAAAACAUGUACCGAAGCAUGGUGCCCACCUUGGUCAUACCGGCCCAUUACAUGCGUAUGUCCUCAGAUUUCUCCGGGAAGGAGCAGCAGCAGGAUAAGGAAGGGGGGAUGCAGAUGGGUGCCGGUCAGUCACACCAUCCCCAGCAACAGAGCCAGCACCAGCAGCACCAGCAGCAGGGCGGCUCCCAAGGGGAUGACUCGGAGGGUCAAAACUGGAACUCGGACCCAUCCCAAGGCCCUGUGCGGAUCCCUGUGCUCUUUAACGACUCCACCAUGGCACAGAUGAAUGGCGAGCUGCAGGGGCUGACUGAGAAGAAGCUCCUGGAGCUGGGCAUUAAGCAGCACCCACGCGCCUGGUUCAUCUCAAUGGACGGCCGCGCCAACCACGUGCGCCAUUCUUACAUCGACGUGAGCAACGACCUCAGCAGCGGCGGAAUUGGCGGGGGAGGCGGUGGCCCCAGCUGCAGCACAAUCCGAGAAGCCAACCUCGAAGGACCCAUGGACGGCACCCAAGACCGCAAGGCUGCGGCAAUCCGUAAGGGUAAGGACGAACGGUGGGGAACUGGUGGACGGAAGGGUGGUGGUAGUAAGGGCAUGUCCAAGCUGGCAUACCAGGAGCACAGCGAGCCCAGCAGCAGCGAGGGCCGCCCAGUGUCGCCCGAGGAGAAUUCCCUUACCCCGCUGCUGGACGAGGGGCCCUCGUCGCGGGGCUCCACCGUCCCCCGGAGAGGCCGCAGCCGCAUGAACAGCGCGCGCAGCAGCAACAGCGAGAACCGUCGCGACUCCAUGACUAGCCCAGAGGACGACCCGGACAGCAAGGAUGAGAACAAGAAGAGCCCGUGGCAGAAGAUCGAAGACCGGCCUCUCAUGGUGUUUCCCCCUAAAAAGUUGUAGGCUAACAUCUCAGGCUCCACUCAUAUGGAACGUAAGAGUUGGUCCAGUAGUCAGGGCAGUUCUACAGCCAUUUUGAGACACCUAGAGAAACAAUAAAAGGAAGGUGGAGGAGUAGCAUUUGACCGAAAGAAGAUCCUAGAAAAGCACAAGCCUGCUUGAUAAUCCGUCAAAUGGUACUAUUUUAAUGGCAGCCUCUUUCUAUGGUUUUUGUGUUUCACAUUUAUUCGAUCGCACCCCUAAUUCCCAUCAUUCUUCUCCAUGUCUUUACAAAUCCAUUUUUUAAAUCCCUCUCAGUAAAUUAGACUCUGAGCCACUGACUUUGGAAAUAACCAUCUUAACGAAGAAAACCCAAAUGGCUAUAUUUGGAGAGAACUAACCUACAGUAUCUUGUUGCGACUGAAAUAAUUUGCCCAGUAUUGUGAAUGGACUUCUACAUGAGAAAGACAAGUUACUUCAAGGACAGGACUACCCUCUUCUCUCCUGGACUUGUGUACUACACAUUUAUGAAGGCCAGGGUCAAUUCCAUUUCAGUUCAGUCAUUUCAGGAAGCAAACCGAAAUGUGUAAUUUCCGUUUGCGCCAGGAAUUGGCUGAAUUAAAAUGGUACCAAAACUCUGAUAUAGGCCCACCUUGAGUUUUAGUGGUUGUAAUUCUGUCACUUUGGUCUGCCUGCUUCCUGGACCAUAAGGAGAUACUGUAUCUCUGUGAAGACAUUAGCACACAUUAUCCCAAAGCAUAAAUGUGUGGAGAUUAUGUGGUUUCUUUCUUUAUGGUUUUCUAUUUGGAGGAUUUUUAUGGAAUGAUAGUUAGUGUAAAAUAUCUGUUGAUCUCCAUUUGUCGUGUGUACAAUUAUGUACUUUUAAUGUGAAAUGUGCAUUACUCCUUCAGGGAAAUGUAUUUGCAAUUCUUUAUGUGUUGUAAUGAUUUACUAUAAUACUGUAAGCCACUUAUCUGAGGUGGGAUCUCCUACAAUUUUGCACAGAUUUGCCAUCCUGGUACAUGCCACCGGCCAUUUUAUAUUCCACGGGUUUUAUUUAGAAUUUUUUCUGUUUUUGUGUUUGGAAUACCACGGUUGCUAUGGGAGAUCAUGCUGUCUCAAUGCAUAUGAUGUAAGCAUUUGUAGGCCAAUUUCGAAACUGUAGAAUAACUGCAUUACCUAUAAUGCUCUACUCAACCAUCAAAAAUCUUCUCCAUCCAUUGGACAACCCCUCUCUUACAAUCACCACCGACCUCUGUGACAGUUUUCUGGCCUUCAGGCUAUCUACCAACAGCUGCAGUAGUCUCACCUCACCCCCCCCCCCCCAGUGUUACAUUUGAACCCCACAUCCCUAACAUCACCAAGUCAGCCUUUUCCCACCUCAAAAACAUCUCAUGACUUAGACCCUCUCUCACUGACACCACAACCCUCAUCCAUGCCUUUGUUUUAUCAUGCUGGCCUAUUGCAACGCCAUUCUCUACGGACUCCCCAACAAAACACUGGGCAAACUUCAAAAUUCAGCUGCACGGGUACUCCCACACACCAGAUCUUGGGACCACAUCACCCCCAACCCUCAUCAACCUCCACUGGCUCCCAGUUCAAUACAGGAUCAUAUUGCUCAUGCUCACCUGCAAAGCACUCAAUGGACUGGCGCCAACAUACCUUACUGACGUCCUGCACCUCUACACUCCCACCUAUUCACAGCGCCCCGCUCCAUGGGAGACUGGGUUUUUAGCUGUGCAGCUCCUCAAGUCUGGAUCUUCCUCACUCUCCAUGUCAGAACCGGACAAUCCAUACACAUAUUCAAGUCCACACUAAAUAGACACCUCUUCACACAGGCUUACCCGGAUUAUCGGCUGCUUUAGCUUUUAUCCUCUGUCUAGUUCACUUCCCUGGUUAAUCUGUCAUCGUGUUUAGUGUUCUCCAUGGUUAGUCUGUCCUUACAUUUAGUGUACUUUUAUAUACUUAAUUAUUUUAUGAUGUGAUUUUAAUGCUUUUUAUCCUGCUGAUUCUCGUGUGUAUGUAAAGUGACUUUGGGUGUUGUGAAAAGUGCUUCAAAUAACAUUUAUUUUUGUUAUUAUUAUAAUGCCCAUUGACUGAACAUUCCAAAUGACUAUGGCAAUUAUGCAUCACAAUGCUACAAUGGCAAUUAUGCGUCACAAUAUAAAUUAUAUUUAUAUUGUGUAGGGCAGGCCAGUAACUUUUGCAACCAAAUCAUUGUAUUGUACCCCAAAAAAUAGGAGAGGGGAAUUCCACUUUCACAUAUAUUUUCUAGUUUUUAUUUAGACAGAUUCAAUUGCAAGGGGAUACAGAGGUAACGAGGGGAAAAGUCGGAAGGGUCAACUCGGGGAUUAAACCCGGGUCUCUGGCGGGGAGUCGCAUAUAAUAUGUCACACAAAGAUUGCAUUUUUUUCGUGAGCAAUUGACAGUGAGCAAAAUAACCAUAACAUUUUAAAUAAACGGGAAGGUGCAAAUAGCUUAUUAGCAGCAUGAAUUUCUGCUCUGUAGGUGGGGUUAUUGAGUGAACAAUCAUGUGAUGGGUGCAGUCCACAAAGAUAAAAUUGCAAUGAAUCAAAUGAAUCAGAUCUAUUGAUUUACCGCCUGUAGGGGAGGCGGUGCCACUGGUGUAUUGUAUAUAGCUAUCAAAGAUGACGAUAACAAUUUGAAAUGUCGGUCAUGAUGCACAACCUUUCUUUUACUUCCAGGGUCUUCAUUCAUUUGUGUAGUAUUGAUACACUUUGCCCAAAUUUGAGACAUUUCUGCUUUUCUCCUGUGCCAUUUGGUUAUUUGCUUGCUGUAAAUAAUAUUUAGCUUUGAGAGUCUACCUUUUGGUUGAAGGUUGCAUGUAUGAAAUAAGCAUAAGGCACCAAAAAAAAAGGCCAUGCAAAUCUGUACCACUUUUCUCCUGUAAGUGCCUUUUUACAUAGGGUUAAGUGACUGGCAUGGAGGGCCUUUUCAAAAUGCAGUCCAAGAAGGUUUUACAUCACCUAAGCUAAUCUUGUCAAAUGGACAGACACAAAAAUGGAAGCACACUGCAUUUAGUUAAGAACACACAUAUCUUCCCCGGGGGAGAGCAUGCAUGCCAAAAUUUAUCAAUGACUCAUUUUGUGUUCAAUAUGUCCUUGUGUUCAUAGUUUCUUGUGUCUAUCAUUUCUCAACAAACGUGGUAGACUAAGUGAUUGCUAUUUAUUGUACAAGUUUGAUAACUGACAAAUUCAGAGAACUAUAUAAGAUUGUGUGUGUAUAUGUACUGUAUGUGCAUGUAAUAUGUAGAGUAGAGUGUUUUUAAUGGAAAGUCUUUUUUGAUAAUAUCCAGAAUGUUGCUGGCACACAUGAAGUAUAUCAAAUUCUGUUGCCAAAUGUACACACAUUUUAGAUGAAUUUCGCUCUACUCUUAAAAUUCACUUCCGGUCUUAAAUGUUUACAAGUACAACAUACUGGCCAAUAUGCUCUCACUGUAGAUUGCAUCACAAUUGCCUAUGACACUUAACAACUGUGAAUCAUAUUUCUUACAGAUGUAAAUGAAGAAAUGCAUAGCUACAGUACAACACAGUCACAAAGAGUUGGUGCAGUAGAUCUGUAAAUGGAUGUAAUACCAUUGAGAGAGAUUGUAAAAAAUAGACAAAAAAGUUAUGAAAAAUGCAACAAUGCGAGGGUAAAACAUUAUUAUGUUGCAGUACAUUUUUUUUCUCUCUCUGUUUAUAAAUGGGGAGGACUUUGUUCCGUUUAUAUUGACAGUAGACUUUUAUGAAUUUCUUGUUUUUGCUAUUUUCAAAGUCGUUCAGAAUAAUGUUCACUUAAAUGUAUAGUAUGGCUACCCUGACUCUGGAUGAAAAAUUGUAUAGCCCUAUUCUAAUGGAUUCCCAGGUCUAUUCUUGCCAAAUUAUGUCAUUUUUUUUUCGUACAAGCUGUCUAUAACCUUUUCCAAUGCAGUAAGACAAUUGUGAUGUCGUGUUUGGUUGGUUACAAGAGGCAAAAUAAAUGUUCAGAAUCUCCCUACCUACUACUAGGCCGGAUAUGACAGCAUCUUGAUAUUAGUGCAAUUGUGGAUUUGUUUAGUUUGAUACCAGACCUUGAAUUGAGCAAAAUUACAAAAAUAGAUGCAUUCAAGUUUUUCCCAAAGUAUUUUUAAAAGUUUUGUGAUAUCACAAUAUUACAAAAUCAAAAAACAAAACGUACCUGUACACAAGUCUGAGUAAUGUCCUGCAAAUCUUACUUGUGGUUGUGAAUUCAAUAAAUGUAUGUUGGGGUCACCUAAUUUCCAUCCAAUACCCUGAUUGCACAAAAACACAUUAUUGUCACUAUUGUGUAUAAAGAGCAGCUGUAUAUUAAAAACAUCUUUGGGAGUGGAAGAGGAGACAACACGUUGUAUAUUAUUCUGUGUGAGAAAAAAAAACAGUCAGUUUGUAAACUGUAAAUCGAUUCUGUACAUGAGAUAAGAUAGAAAUAAACUUGUUUGCACUGUCUAACAAUUA